GCUCGCGCGCACCGCCCGGCAGCGCGAGACGCUUCCUGACGCCUGUCCUCGCGGGCUCGCGGGCCCUCCCACGCGGGGUGCUUCCCUCUGAUACCCGAUCCCAGUCCGGGGGCUCGCGGAGGCCGAGGCGCACUGUAGGGCCCGGCCAGGUCCGGCCCCUUCCCCGCCCUUCUCCGCUCUUCCCCGCCCCCUCGCUCCGCCUCCGGCCUCCUCUGAGAGCUCCAGACCUCCCGGCUACUCGGAAGCCCUCGGACUGCCCGGACCGCGCGAUGGAGUCGACCGGCAGCGUCGGGGAGGCCCCGGGCGGACCCCGGGUGCUGGUGGUGGGCGGCGGCAUCGCGGGGCUGGGCGCGGCGCAGAGGCUCUGCGGCCACUCCGCCUUCCCGCACCUGCGGGUCCUGGAGGCCACGGCCCGCGCCGGGGGCCGCAUCCGCUCGGAGCGCAGCUUCGGUAACCGCCCCUCCCGGAGCCCCUCCCGGAGCCCCUCCCGGAACCCAACCGGCUGCGCCCGAACUCGCCGGCCCCCACCUGCCCUGCGCGCAGCUGACCGGCCCGGCCGCCUCACCGGGCUCGCCGAGGGAAUCCCGGCUCGCUUAAUCCGCCAGAGUUCACCGCCCAGAAACUCAGGGCUCAGAGUUAGUCAGGAGGGCGCCGGUCAGGGAAGGCUACCUACGGCUCCACAAGGCCGCCCUGGUUCUGCCCCACGGGGGCCCCCCCAGCCCCGGGGUGGCGUGGUGGAGGUGGGCGCGCACUGGAUCCAUGGGCCCUCCCGGGGUAACCCCAUCUUCCAGCUGGCUGCUGAGUACGGGCUGCUGGGGGAGAAGGAGCUGUCGGAGGAGAACCAGCUGGUGGAGACCGGGGGUCACGUGGGCCUGCCCUCCGUGAGCUACGCCAGCUCCGGGGCCCGCGUGAGCCUCCAGCUGGUGGCGGAGAUGGCGACUCUGUUCUACGGCCUGAUAGACCAGACCCGGGAGUUCCUGCACGCUGCAGAGACCCCGGUGCCCAGCGUUGGAGAGUACCUUAAGAAGGAGAUUGGCCAGCACGUGGCCGGCUGGACAGAGGAUGAGGAGACCAGGAAGCUGAAGCUGGCCAUCCUGAACUCCUUCUUCAACCUGGAAUGCUGUGUGAGCGGCACCCACAGCAUGGACCUGGUGGCCCUUGCACCCUUUGGGGAGUACACCGUGCUGCCGGGGCUGGACUGCACCUUUUCUAAGGGCUACCAAGGGCUCACAAACUGCAUGAUGGCCUCCCUGCCAGAGGACACCGUAGUUUUUGAGAAGCCUGUGAAGACCAUCCACUGGAACGGGUCCUUCCAGGAGGCAGCCUUUCCCGGGGAGACCUUUCCAGUGUCUGUAGAGUGUGAGGAUGGAGACCGGUUCCCGGCGCACCACGUCAUUGUCACCGUGCCCUUAGGUUUUCUCAAGGAACAUCUGGACACCUUCUUUGACCCUCCCCUGCCGGCUGAGAAGGCAGAAGCAAUCAGGAAGAUAGGCUUUGGCACCAACAACAAAAUCUUCCUGGAGUUUGAGGAGCCCUUCUGGGAGCCAGACUGCCAGCUGAUCCAGCUGGUGUGGGAGGACACGUCGCCCCUGGAGGAUGCUGCCCCCGCACUACAGGACGCCUGGUUCCAGAAGCUCAUUGGUUUUGUGGUCCUGCCUGCUUUUGCGUCUGUCCACGUUCUCUGUGGGUUCAUUGCCGGGCUUGAGUCUGAGUUCAUGGAGACUCUGUCGGAUGAAGAAGUACUUCUGUGUCUCACCCAGGUGCUCCGGAGAGUGACAGGAAACCCACGGCUCCCCGCGCCCAAGAGCGUCCUGCGAUCUCGCUGGCACAGCGCCCCGUACACCAGGGGCUCCUACAGCUACGUGGCCGUGGGCAGCACUGGGGGCGACCUGGACCUGAUGGCUCAGCCCCUCCCUGCAGACGGCGCCGGCGCCCAGCUCCAGAUCCUGUUUGCGGGGGAAGCCACACAUCGCACGUUUUACUCCACGACGCAUGGGGCUCUGCUGUCGGGAUGGAGGGAGGCCGACCGCCUCCUCAGUCUGUGGGCCGCGCAGGUGCAGCAGCCCAGGCCGAGGCUCUAGCUGGGCCCAGCCUACUCUGUUCCACCUGUGCCGGGGGAGGCUGGGACCCUCAUUUCCUCUGACAGAUUUCAAUCUGGCUUGAGAUUUGGGGAUGUUAAUAGGGUCCUCUGGCUUUUGGUAACUGGGGCCACCUUCUCAGUUCUUGUGUCUGUUAUUGGAGUCUGGCCAGGGUUGACUUGAGCUGAGACACCGGAUGCUCACGGAGACGCUGGACACAUAAAGCAAGUUACAGCCGCA